ACUCUCUGGAACGUUCGACAAGAAUCAUGAGCGACAAAGAACCUGAAAGUAAGAACCCUCUUUCUCCAUCUCUACGGGAACGAUCACCAAGUGUUCAACAGAAAAGAACAGCUGAAGUGAAAAGAAUUUUGUAUUGUCACCUACACGAAAAAAACGGGACCCUUGGUAUUGCUUCCAGUACUUUCUAUGGACAGCAACAACCAUCAGGAAAACUACCACCAAUGUCCACUUUUCUCACAGGCGGUAGCUUUAGUUUCGAGUCUGAUAGAACUCCAAGUUCAGAAGUAAGUGGUCCUGAGUUUUAUUCCUUAGAAGGUGAUAUGAUGAUCGGUUCAUCAGUUAUCACUCAGGAUAACCCUGAAACUGUGAACCAAUGUUGUGGUGCAUUUGAUCGUUCAGUCCGGGGAAAUUCUCCUUCGAUACCGCAUAGUUACCAUGUCAAUCACCACCAAACCGAGAGACUGGUUGAAACCGGAUUUAAUAAUCUUGCUGUAGGAUAUUUCAUGCCAUCGUCGUCUGUCUUUAGUUCAGUGUCCAAAGAUGAUUUAUCCAGAAAUCAAUCAAGCCAAGAUUCUUCUGGUGCACAAAUUAGUGUUUCAACAGAUGCACAGUAUUUUCCAGCAGAAAUGCUUUCCGGAGUUCCAUUAGAUAUUGUGUCAUCUUCACGAGGGAGUAUCCAAUCUUCUAACGCACAACUCUUUCAUGGUCAUGACAAUGUUGAUUGUGCUGGUCCUUCGAGAACAUUUACAUCUCCUACCUUCUUCGCCUCCCCUUCCCCCAGCUGCAACCAGAUCGUUGUUAGGCACCAUGAUCGAUCACUUUUGAAUUCUCCUCGUAAGAUAUCUCGAGGUUCGCCAGCUUCACCGGCAGGUGUCACAUUAACCCCUGUUUCUUCAGAUAUAUCAUGCUUGCAAGAACGUCUUGACUCUUUAUCUAGCUGCAACGAAGACCUCUUAAAUACCUUUCUUGCAGCAGAUCCUACUUACUCGAACCCUGAUCAUUUCUCUCCUGUAACAACAUCUACAGGAUCAAGUGAAGGAUUAGAUACACUGGACUUUAGUCUUGAAAAAAAAGACCAAAUGAGUUGUGAUACAUACGUUUAUCGACAGAAUAACUCGAAAGCUAUAGCUACAAGUUUUAGUAGUAGCUCGCGGUGUAAUUUUGUGAAACAUGAUUUGACCCCCGAAUGGAUCAAACCGGACACUUAUUGGAAUAAAUACCCUGUUCUUCCAUCAGUCAGUAGCAGCCGAUCAUCCACUUUCUCCGAUAUUCAAAAUCCUGUUCUAAGUUCUUUACAUCACUUUAACAGUAGUUUUUCUGGUACACAGAAUACUCUUACGUCACCAUAUUUUGACCAAGCGUCUUCAAUCCCAAGUUUUUCUAGCCAAAGACAUUCAGCUAAGUCAUCCAUUUCAGGUCGUGUGUCAAGAACAAAACGCGCACUGUCUAUCACGCCCUUAUCAGCAGAAGGUUUGGAUCUUAAUACAAUCAUCCGAAUGUCUCCCACGUCCUUAGUCCCUUAUUGGAGUUGCUCUCGUAGCUCUUCCUCGAGCAUGUCGGGUUCUUCCGCUAGUCGACGUGGUUCCUAUGGCCAUCUGUCCGCCCGUAAUAGUAGCAGUAGUCCUCACUCGGGGUCAACAUCUUCUGUACACCGCCUCAGUGCUAUACAUACUCCACAGACCAGUGGAACUAGGGGCUCCAAAGACGAUAUACACGACCUUGAAAGCCAUCUACUUUUGUACCAAAACAUGCAGGCUCUCGAAGCCGAUGACUGUUCAUCGCCCAAUGAUCUCAGCUCGAGUAAUUACGUCAUUAUCCAUCAAAAUCACGAUAAUAAUAUAAUAGAACAGCAAAAUAUAUUAUGCAAAAAUAGAUAUCUUGAAGAUUCUUCUUCGUUCUCUGACAUCCCUAAGCCAUCCAUGAAAUCACUCCCUCCUCCACUCCCUCCUCCAUCUCUCCCACUCUCCGGUCACUCUAAGUAUUUGCCUCCUAUAAGUCGACCACCCCCAUCUUACGAUCAACACAUUGCCCGGAAACAAGCCUUCCAGAAAAAGAGCUCAUCGGACAGUAGCCAGCCAUCUAGCUACUCCAGUUUUGAUAGCUCUGAGGGCGAUAAGGUUGGUGAAAGGACAGACAGUGACCAAACGUUGAAGCAACAGUAUACAUGCCGAUGGAUUGAUUGUUCCUUUGUCUUUAAAGAGCAGGAAGAGCUCGUGAAACACAUAGAAAAAAUACACAUUGACCAGAGAAAAGGAGAGGAUUUUGCGUGUUUCUGGCAAGGUUGUUCCAGACGCUAUCGGCCCUUUAACGCUCGCUAUAAACUUCUCAUUCACAUGCGAGUUCAUUCAGGGGAAAAGCCAAAUAAAUGCAAGUUUGAAGGAUGUAAUAAAGCUUUUUCUCGACUGGAAAACUUGAAAAUUCAUCUCCGUUCUCAUACUGGUGAGAGACCGUAUGUUUGUCAGCACACUGGUUGUGCCAAGGCCUUCAGUAACUCCUCAGAUAGAGCAAAGCAUCAGAGGACACAUCAAGACACGAGGCCGUAUGCAUGUCAAGAACCUGGAUGUAAUAAACGCUACACAGAUCCCAGCUCACUCCGUAAACACGUCAGAAGUCACCAGUCCAAAAAUGAUCCUGCACGAAAGAAGCUUCGUUCAGGCCCGACAGUAGUUGACCCCGAGAGUCUAAGUGAAUGUUUGACCAUUCAACCUCUUCGACCGGUCAAACUCAGUGAAAGUUCAUCUCCCCUUGAUCCCGUGGACAGUGGUCUCGGGCGUUCACCCCGAGGGUCACAACCGAGCUCUUCAGGUGAACUAUACACGGCUGUUCUCGCAAGUGAUCACUCCAGCCGAUGUGGAACAGCUACAGGAACAAGUACUCACAAUUCUCCGACCAAUUUACAGGACAGCCAGAUGACCACUGAUGUACCGGAUCGGUUUGAAGUAGUGCAGGACAGAAACCCAAUACACAGGGUGCCGGUGCUGCCACCUAUUGUACAAAGUCGCUCUUGUACUCAAGUAGAGUCUUUCAUUCAUUCUGCUGGCUUUGAAG